UCUUACGUCAGCUAGCUUUUGGGCUUUUUAAUAAUUAUAUACAAAGAAAGCUUUUGGUCAAUUCAAGACGGUUUCUAUAGCUAGCUAGCAAGACAUUCUACUAGACGAGAUGCAAUGGGUUCAUGUAAAAAGCUUCUCCUACCGUCUGUGUUCUCAGUGCUCUUCUGCUUCAGCCUACUAUCAGCAAAUCUCGAGGAGAGAGGCUCUGAAGGUCCCUUGGAAGAUGAAUAUGUGAGGAGCUUUACAGACGAAGAUAAAAUAGAGUAUGAAGAAACAGUAUCCACGAUUCCGGCAGAUAAUAGUAACAAGGUCAGAGUUCACCCGUCCUUGCCGCGUCAUCAAGCACUCAUAUUUGACCCUCCCACCCUCGACUUCAGAGAAAGUGCCGUGGGGAUGCCUAGACUGGAGACUGUGCGUAUCACCAACCCAAGCUCAACACAGCCGCUGCAACUCACCUCCAUAUCAGGGGAUUCCCCCACCUUCCACGCCUCCUUCUUCAAGUCAAAGGUUGUGAAGGCUGGGGAGUCCACUUCAUUUGAUGUGGUGUUUCUAGCGCGGGUGACUGGGUCUGCUCGGAACCUUCUCUAUAUUCAAUCAUCCCAGGGCACCUUCGAGUAUGAGGUACAGGGUGUGGGAACUCCCAAUCCGUUCCGACUGCGCUCUCUACUGGGUGCUCGUAUCCCCCUCAAUGCCACCUACUCUCCUCUCAUAUCAAUGUACAACCCGUACAGCAAAACACUGCAGAUCACGGAGAUGUACUCGAGUAGCGGCGAGCUCCACCUGGAACUGCUGACUGGGCAGACGGAAGGACCGAAAGCACUCUGGGAGAUACGACCAUACGAGACCAAGACAAUCGCUCGUGCCAGUUUCUUUGGAGCUUCAGUGGCCAACUACACGUCAUUUGUGCGUGUGAGGAUGAACCACAAGGGCAACCCCUCAGUAGUGCUACCAGUGGAGGUGGAGGUGUCUGAUCACUCAGGGCUGUUCCUGUCAAGAGAACUGCUCGACUUUGGUGUGGUCAAGGGCGGAGAGACGAAGGUGCUUCCACUGUACGUGCUCAAUGCAGGCCAACAACAGGUCCACAUCAAGUCUGUUUCGAUUUCACCAGAGAACAGCGCAGUGGAGGUGGAGUACAUGACCACAUUGCUCAGACCUGGCUCCAAGUACACCAAGAUAGCUCUGCUCAAGCUACACGCUGACAGAGUGAGCUCUCAGAGUCAGACGAGAGGUAGUGUUGUGAUACGAGCAGAGGAUCGAUUCCCCCAUCAGCUGGAGGUGCCCUACGAUGCUAGUGUCCUCACUGGAUCCCUGUCCUAUGACAAGGCAGCCACUCUGUUCAGACCUGGCCCCCCUCCCUUCCAGCCCAUCAUGAGACACAUCCCUCUCUCCAAUCAGUUUGAGAGCCCUGUGGUGGUGUAUGAUGCCAAGCUGCCUACCAAGGCUCAGGAAUACUUUGCUAUAUCGGCUGAGGACACACCCUUCACCCUCCCCCCCUCAACCCAUUGGUCACAGUCUCUGGCCGUACUCUUUGUGCCCUCAUCAACCGACUGUUUCUUCAACACUACUCUCAGACUGUCCACCAACGCAACCUAUUUCAACAUUCCUCUCAUCUGCUACGAUGGCAGGGUCAAGUACUCGUUGGAGAACAGUGACGAGGAUUCUCUGGAGUUUGGAGUGCUCUCUCAGUCGGACACUGUCUCUAAGACCUUCACACUGCACAACAUCAACCCUGUGCAAAUAUCCAUCAUUUCCUACUCUGUGAGUGCCAAUCUCCCGUUUACGAGUGUCCAACUGUCCUCCGUACACCCCACCACUAAUGGCACCCCCCACCCUCCCUCCCACUCCACACCCCCUCACACCCUCGAACCUGAACACAGCGCCCAAUUCAUCGUGACUGUGUCUAAUCCAAACACCAUCAGUACCUACAGCGGGGAAGUCAUCGUCAGCACAUCGUUUGAUAAAGUUCUACACGUUCCUGUUUAUUUCAAGACGGCCGAGAGUAGAUUGAAAGUGAGCCCUGGGGCAAUUAGUUUCAAGGGGAUUUUCCCCUACCUGAGGGCAAGGGUCGGAUUGAGUGCACGGAAUUUGUUUCAUAAAGCUGUCGACGUGACCUCUGUGAACUCUGACCUUGAUGACCCCCGGGUAUACUUUGAGGAGAGUGUGGAUGGUUUACCGCGACUGAGACCAACAGAAAAAGUUGAGAUUGGCUCUGUUGUGAUUGACCCCCUACUGGGGGACACUGUAUAUCUGAAAAAGCCGGCCAGCUCCCUCGGGUUAUGGUCCUCUAACUCAGCCCCCCAGGACCCGUCUCGAGAGCUACAGCUACUCACCACUCUGUGGGCCUCCUGGAGGGGCCUAGUGGACGAUGGACGCACAGUUUUCAAUGCCAGUAUUGUAGUGAGCUCUGUUGGAGGUGGAGAGGUACGAGUGCCUGUAGAUGUGAGUCUGACCUGGCCUAACCUGGUCAAGGAGAAGCUGGUCACACUGGAGCCAACCACAGUGGGAAACACAUCAAUUCACCGUCUCCGCAUAACGAACCCGUCAGACGUGCCCCUACUGGUUCAACCAGUUUUCCUCAGUCACUAUACUCACCCGCAAACCAUCAUCGACUCUCUAUUGGACCGAUUCGACCCACGACUACGAAAUCUCAACUUUUCUCAUUUGUCAAAUUCCUUCAGUUUUGUGUCUAGUGCAUCACCUGAGACAGCCCUGGCCACAACGCUACUGCCUCCACACAGCAAACUGUUUGAAAUGGCAGUUGCUUUCAGUCCUAAAGUAGACCAGGAGUUGAAUACGCUGCUUUUGUUGAGAAACAACUUGACUGUGUUUGAUUACGUCAUUGUGCAGGGGAGCGGGGUUCAGGGUUCGUUUGCUAUCGACAGUGUCCAGCCCGGCACUGAACCUCUCAUGUUUGAGUUCCCCAACUCUGUCAUGGAGAACUGUCUAGCUGGUACUGUUGUGGACCCGCUAACAGAUCCCCUCAAGCUCACCAAGACCUUUAGAAUGCAUAACUCUGGCUCCACCUCCAUCACAUUGCGUAUCAUCGGACUGGAGGGUGGCAGUUGUGAGGGGAGAGGCUUCGUUAUCUCUAACUGUAACAAGGACAUCACCAUUAAACCAAACCGAUCAAAGAAAAUUGAAAUAACGUUCACUCCAGAUUACACACUGACCCAAGUCUCCACCAUUCUACGAUUACAAACCUCCACUGGCAACGAGUUCCUCUACCCUCUACUAGCCAUCCUCCCCCAUCAACUAUUAGCGGCGUGUAUUGCCUUACAGCCUCGGCCCGAAUGGGAGAAAACACUGGCCUGGUUGUCUGUACCGUUUUGGCUGCUUGUCAUACUCUGCCUUGUAGCUACAGUAUUCGUGCAGACCAAGUUCGGAAUGAGGAGCAGUAGUUCUGUGUCCUAUAAAAGUGAGGCGAAAGCAACGAAAGGCUCCGGAGAAGUAUUCGAUUUGAAGAAGUUGUCAAAGUCUAUGGAUGUGCUGUCCAAGAAGGUCCAGGAAUUAGGAGAGAAAAGUUCUAACCAGAAGUCUGAGUCCACUGGUCAAUCUAUGAGAAUUGAAGUAACUCGAGAGCCUCCUAAACCCUCUACCGAUAAGAACACUCCCGUAUCUAAACCUAAGCCUGAGCCGCUAGUAACCCCCACUACUGCUCAAGAAAUACCCACUCUCAGACAUCGUGUGGUACAAAACAAGAUCGAGAGAAAACCAUCAUCACAGGAAACUAUCACCUCAUUGCAACCUGUUCCGUCUAGAUCACACACGGCUGUUACUUCCACGCCGAAGGGAAUGUCCCUCAAGAUCCCCAUUGCUCCUGUUACUGAGCCGAGUGUCAUCUCCCCACCUAGAACAGGCACGGACAAUCACACUGGAGCUAGAGAGCAGACCCAACCUUGUACUCCAACUACCGGUGCACCAGCGCAACUCUGCUCAUCCCCUACCAAACUGAAGCGUAGCAGCGAGAAAACCAUCCCCGAAAAAACCGCGUCCAAAGGCGAGAUCAUUUCAAAAACACCCACGGAAACUAAUCCGAGCUCUCCACCAGCGAAUGUGAGAAAAUCAAAAAUCGUACGAAAAUUGAAGCCUCUAAAGAUAACGCCUGAUAGUUCACCCCUCCCCCCGUCCGGACGGAAGGAGCUGGAGAGGAAGGUCUCGGAGAGUAGCAUUGUUUCUAGCAACAGUGAUUCGGCAUCUACGGGUACCGACAAGUCGGAGGAAGUGGAAACACCUAGCCAGGUGGUAACUGUGGUAGCUGAAGUGAAGAAGCCUCCACCACCUGUCACCAAGGAGCCCAACACUGGCCAGACCAUCCAUCCUCCCGACACGCCCGAGAGUACAGAGGUCAUGUCACCAAGAACAGAACUGGUCGACAAGAAAGAACCACCGAUUAGUACCGUUCGGAUGAAAGGAAAGAGGAAACCUCGACAACAGAUCAAGAAAGAGGAAAAAGCUCGUAAAAAGGAGAGAGGGAGAGACAAAGAACGAGAGAAAGAAAAGGAUACGGACAAAACAGACGCUAAGCAACUAGUUGGUUCAUUUGAAGAUUCCUCUUCGUCUAAUUCCACUGAGCAACUUGACAACGACAGCACACCUCCUCUUGAAGAUACGGUACAAACUGAAACUGAAACCAACGUGCAAUGUGACAAAACUACUGAGAAUGAACUCAAUAAACUAUCAGAGACGACUAUUAUCGACGUAUCCCCAAACAAGGGCAAUGAAAUACCGGUACUCGUGUCCCCAGCUGUUCCCAGUACUGCCAUCAAGACUGGUCGUACAACUAAGACCACAAAACAAGAAACUAAAGAGACGUUCACUGACUCGUUUUCAAGAACACCAGAUCAAGCCGCCACUUACGGUACUAAGAAAAUCAGUACUGGCAAAAAACCUUCCGAGAAAAUUAAAUCACCCGUUGUUGAGAAGAUCACACAACUAGUUGAGGACAAUCUUCUCGAACACCAGCUGAAAUCAGAUGAAAACGUUAGACAGCGGCCACAAACUCUGCAUGUUGUACCUAUCAUAAGGAGCGAGUUGAUUGAAGAACCUGUUAUCGUAAUUCCAAUGGACUCUGAUAGCUUGGUUGAAACGGAUGGUGUGACACAUACUCUACUCAGUGUGGACUCUGGUAAAGGCGGUUCUCAGAGUCUGCCCACUUCUCCUCACGAGCUGGCUGCUUCUUUACUCUCCAAUAACUCGGCCAUUAUGCGUAGGAAGCAGAAGAGCGAUCGUGACAAACCUGACGAUGGACAGGAAGAUGAUGACUACCAACUCCCGGAACAAGACGAGCAAAGUGAAACUGAAAUGACGAAACCAAUUGAAGCACCACUGAGUCCACAGAAAGAUGAAUCUUCUCAUAAUUCAAGCGACAAUGAGUUCAAGCCGCCUCUAUCUACACUCUCCCUGAACGCAGAACCAUUUUAUCCAUCUCCAACUUUUGCACCGAAAUCUGGCCCAAGUCUACGAGCAGAUCCGAGGAAAUUUGGUCCCGACCAUAGCUCCCAGCCCAGAGGACCACCCCCUGGUUUAUCACCAACUCCUGAUGAUGCCCACAUGCGUCCCUACCCUGAGGGGUCGUACUUUAAGAGACCACAUCCGUUACGAGGAGGCAAAUCGAUGACCCCCUCACCACCUUUACCGUAUUUCCCCGAGGGAUCGCAUAUGCCGUACAGUGACUAUCCCUCACUUGAACAUCACAAUCCAAUGGCAAUGGACGAACCGUACAGUGGGCCUGAGGACUUCCCACCGAUGCCUAUGGGGCGUCAUAGUCGAGAGCACUAUCGUGGUCGCUCACCAAUGAUGGCACCAAAGAGCGGACAUGGCAGACAACACAUGCAUCCGAAUAUGGAAGCGUAUAUGCAUCACCUGUACAUGCAGAGAGCACGAGAGUACAGCUAUCGUCCACAAGGACCAUGGGACCACCACCAUCACUCACACAGGCUCCAGGUGCCACCUAUGGAGGAGGGGGGCGUAUAUGACCAGCAGUAUUUGAGAAAGAGACAAUACAUCAUGAAACUUAUUGAACGGGAAAGAGCUAUUGCUGCUAUGGAAAGAGAUCAACCUAGACAUCCUAUUGAUGCCCCCUCCCCUGCCAAGUUUGGACCAGAUGUUAGCCCCUCCUCUAUUGGAUCGAGAGGAUGGGACAAUCCAGACUUCAGCGAGCAGUCCCCGGAAGACCCUGACUUGAUUCCCUAUCGUCAAAGUAAUCUAUUGCCAGAGAGACCAAGAAGGAACCGUACUUACAGCAUGGAGAGUGAUCUAGGAGGAGAGUUUGUGACUGAUUUCCCUGCUGUCUCGGCCGUGGGUGCUCCGGGUCAACAGUUCUCGUCUCGCGGGGAGAAGGGCUCUGUCUCCAGCAAGAGUCUGGCACCAGGAAGGUCUAGGAGUGCUGGCUGGCCUGCUGGGGAGGGAAAGAGCACCAGUCCUAACUGGGACAGCCCCAACACGUGGUCAACAGACACUGCUCCAUUCUACAGUAAUGACAUCACCUCCGAUAUGAGCCCCCUACCUAUCAGCAGUGGCACCACCGACUCAACCUCACCCUCCGAGGACACCACACUUUCAACCACCACCUAUGACCUCUUUGAGAACCAAAGUAUCUGGAGCCUGAGCAACGCUGAUAGUUCAACACUUCUUUCCUGGGCCCAACAGAAAUCUGAACCCUCACAAAGCAAGACUGAGUAAAGCCCCCCUCUGACCUACUGCAACGAUUUGGACUAUGAAUUUUGGAUAACGAUUUCAACUUAACCUCAUUUCAAUUGAGUUGUCUGCUAUUAGCUCUAGUAUCAGCAUUUUAGCGAGUGAUUAUCUAGCCAGCUAUCUAGUUUAUUAUUGUUAUCGUGUAGCUACUAGUAGAUCGUUCAGUUGUCAUUUUGAGAGCUGUAUGUGUUUAGUAGCUAGCUGAUGACAUUAUUGUGUCUUGGCAUUAUGAAUUAACCAUUAACAA